CCUCGUUCACGAAAAGAGGGCGCCAUGUUGGAAUCCGAACUUUGCCGAAAAUUUCAUGGCCCCGUCUUUUCUGCUUGAAUGAGGAGUAUAACGGAGUGGAUCGUGCUUUGGAAAAGUGUGACCUUGGAUUUUAAUGUGUUUUUGCCGAAGUGUGGUUCUUUAUUCAUUUGGAAAACGGAGUAUCCUUCAGAGGAAGACGAAAUUCAAAUCAGACGUUUGCGCGCCAUUCGCGUGUCCCAGAACGGCUCGGGUCAAGUUGACUCAUGUUGUCGAUGUAAACUUUGGAUUUUACGUCGUUAUCGUUGGAUUAUUUAUUAAUCUCUGUACCAUUUUCAAGGGGUAAUCAGCUGAUGAAGCAUCAGUUUCUACGUUUGUGCCACAGCGUUAAGGUAACGUGGGUGGACAUGCGGCCAGUAAAGCCGACAAAGACCGUGGUAGCGGUAGAAUGAGUAGCGCUGUUUGUGUGGACUGCUCGGUGAUGACGCGCAGCGCUGCUGACUCCCCAACCAUGACGUAGAUGCCAGCUAAGCAGGGAGAAACCCAUCAGUAAACGGUACUGCCGACGACGGCAGGAUCGCGCCCUGCCCUCCUACCGCGCCGAGCGGGGCUGACGUCUGCGUGCCUCGUGCAGUCUGUCGUUCUCCCAUCAUCUGUGUCGUGCCUUGCUAAGAUGCGAUGACCCCUCCUCCUCCUCCGCCGCCGUCUUCGUGUGGCGGUAGAGGAAUGUGGCAGGCAAGCAGGUCACGCGCCCACCUCGCCCGACUGACAGGCCUAUUACAUAGGUCAGACCAGUGGUGUACCCUCUCCGCCUUUUGUGUAUUCAACACUGCGGGGCCCAUCUGUUGGAUAUUUCUCCUCGCGACAAGCCUGCUGCAAUAGGAUUCCUUGUCGCGCGAGUCUGUUCGAACGCCUCUAGCUCGUGAUUGACCUGAUGUCAGCAAAAACAGCGGUUUGGUGGUGGUGCUGCGGAGUAGUGCGUCGAACGAUGGGAGAAAACAGCACUGAACAAGUCGACAUCCUUACAGUGGAGAGAUCACGUGUGCUCGGUGAGUGCUGAACAGGAAAUGGAUACAAUACGAAGAAAAUGGGACGUUUCGUUUAUUUUAAGCGCCGCGAUACGACCACAUUACGUGUCUGAAGAGGAGGUGCUCGGCCGACUGUCGUCGUGCAUGUUUGUUAAGUGUUGCUGUUUAAGGUGAUUGCAAAGCGGCAGAGGAUUCCAGGGCAGCCUUUUGCUCGUGUGUCCCUGAUGCUUGAUAUGUGCAGACGUUACAGUUUAUGAUUGUGUUUGCAUGGCAAAUUGUGAAACACCUUCAUGCAUCUUUAAUGCACCUAGCCCGAGAUGGGACAGGCACAGACUGGCUGUCAAUCUGCACUGACCCAGUUUGGGGUUGCAAACGGAAACUAGGGCCUUUCCCACCACUGCUGACCUUGGAUUACCUUUAACCCCACUGAAAAGUUCCACCUGAUGACUUGUGAUGAUUCAUGUACAGGAUGCAACAGCGCAUUAUUCAGCUUGUUUAGAGCUUGUAAAGACCACUGGUGAAAAAUGUCUACACACUUUGACUUUCGAUAAGCUAAACAGACCACAAAGAAUGCUCUUUGAUGCAGAUAGGAUUGUUUCAACUGACUGGAAUGAAGAUAAUACAGUUCAUUCAGAUUGUGUAAUGGCACAUACUUCAUGAUAAAUUUCACAGACUCACAUUGUGUGACCAGAGUACCAUCGCCCGGAUGGUCGUGGGGUCGAAGACCUCUGUAGAGGCUAAUUCUUUGCCGGAGAUGGAUGGCACUGAGGACGCCUUGGUCAGUGGCUCUGCUUGGCUUCAGCAUGAGCAGGAGGCGUACCUCCAGACCCUUCGACUAAAACGUCAGCUGUGGGUGUGCCAGCAUGAGACGGGCGUGGCCCCCAGCAUCGGGUGCCAGAGGGUAGCGGUGGCAACUGUUGCGCCUGCAGGGGCAGGCUUAGCAUUGGCGUCAGUGCCUUGCGGGGGCCUGGGGCUCCGGAGGAUGGCCGAGGCGCUGCAGCAACAGCAGCAACAGGACGCGGCGGCCAUGCAGAACCGCAUCCCCAACAGUUUCCGCGAUCCGGCCACUGCACCCCUGCGCAAGAUGUCCGUUGACCUCAUUAAGACCUACAAACAUAUCAAUGAGGUCUACUAUGCCAAGAAGAAGCGGCGUGCGCAGGUGACACAAGGAGAUGAGAGUGGCAACAAGAAAAACAAAACUAACACUCAUGUCUACAAUGAUGGACAUGAUGAUGCCAACCAUGAUUACAUCAUCCACCCAGGAGAAAAGUGGAAUGAACGCUAUGAGAUUGACUCACUUAUAGGCAAAGGGUCUUUUGGUCAGGUGGUAAAGGCAUAUGACCAUGGGGACCAGGAGCACGUGGCUAUCAAAAUCAUCAAAAAUAAGAAGCCUUUCCUCAAUCAGGCUCAGAUUGAGGUCAAGCUGCUUGAACUCAUGAACCGUCAUGAUGCUGAGAACAAAUAUUAUAUUGUGCGGUUAAAGCGGCACUUCAUGUUCCGGAACCAUCUAUGCUUGGUGUUUGAGCUUUUAUCCUACAAUUUGUAUGACUUGUUACGGAAUACAAACUUUCGUGGGGUGUCCCUCAAUUUGACUCGUAAGUUUGCUCAGCAGCUGUGCACAGCACUGCUGUUCCUGGCGACCCCAGAGCUGAACAUCAUACACUGUGACCUCAAACCAGAGAACAUUCUCUUGUGCAACCCUAAGCGCAGUGCAAUCAAAAUUGUGGACUUUGGCAGCUCGUGUCAGCUAGGCCAGAGAAUAUACCAGUACAUCCAGAGCCGAUUUUACCGCUCACCAGAGGUGCUGCUGGGCAUCCCUUAUGAUCUAGCAAUUGAUAUGUGGAGUCUAGGGUGCAUACUUGUAGAGAUGCAUACAGGAGAACCCCUUUUUGCUGGAUCCAAUGAGUUUGACCAGAUGAUGAAGAUAGUGGAGGUAUUGGGUAUGCCUCCUAGGUCAAUUCUAGACCAAGCUCAGAAAACACGCAAAUAUUUUGACCAGCUGCCAGAUGGAUCUUAUGUGCCCAAAAAGCCCCGUGAUAACAAGAAGUACAAGUCUCCUGGGACAAGAAAGCUACAUGACAUCAUUGGAACAGAGACAGGUGGUCCUGGAGGACGUAGAGCUGGAGAGCCAGGUCACUCAGUGUCAGAUUACCUCAAGUUCAAAGACCUUGUCUUACGCAUGCUGGACUAUGACCCCAAAACGCGCAUCUCGCCGUACUAUGCUCUGCAGCACAACUUCUUCAAGAAAACAACAGAUGAGAGCACAAACACUUCCAACAGUACCUCCACUAGUCCAGCCAUGGAGCAGCAGAGUGCUUCAAGUCCAUCUGUGGGAAGCACCUCCAGUGGCCGUGCUAGAUCCGACCCCACCCACCAGCACCAUGGUCACCAUCAUGCGCACUCCCAUUCAGCCUCGCAGGCCCAUGGAGGGCUGUCCACAGCUACUAUGGAAUGCGAGAGCCCACCAGGUUCUGGUCAACGAGCCCCACCUCCAGCUCAUCAAGGGGGGAGAUCCCAAGGUGGUUGGGAAGACAGACAUAACAGCAGUGGAAUGCAUUCUGGCCAUUCAUUCACCACCCACCGUGGCCAUCAUCACCAUCAUCAUGGUGGUCUUCAGUCAGGUCCCUUGGCUGCAGUGCAGUCAUCCACAACAUCACUGUCAUCCACCAGCUCGUCUUCAUCAUCAGCCUUGCCAGGCCCACAGAACCUGGUGAUGGGUGGGAUGUAUGCACCAGCAGACAUCAACCACCCACAUGCGCAACGUGCACAGCCAGGUCUUCUUCCUGUUGACCUUAGCACUGCGCAUCACCCACAUGCCGUGCAUUCUCACAGCAGUCUGCAGGGGAUUGAACCCCAGCUGGGAUCCCUUAGUAUGCAGUUGACAGGAUACCCAACCCAGUAUAGCCAGUUUCCCCAACAAAGCUGGCCUGCAGCCAACUACCCCUUCUCUUUAGCAACUACAGUGUCACAGCCUUUAGCAGUUGCUCAUGAAGGAGGGGGCCCUGCCCAGGACACUCCAGGACAGCAGCUGAACGUGGUGACGAGUCCCCCAUGGUAGGCGUGUGUGUGCAACAGAGUCCUGUGGCCAGUCAUUAACCACGGGCCAGCCAGCGCUUUGGAUCGGCUCAGCUUAGCUCAUGGUGGCUUUGUAAGUCCUAGCUCAGCUCACAUUAGCUCAGCUAAGCUUUUCUCGACUCAGCUCGCUGGCAUUAUGUUUUUAUUGGAUUGGAACUUGGACUAAGCUGACGACGCCCUGGAGUCUACUUUGUCUUCUUGCAUACUGUCUGCUGUAAUCUCUUGGCUUUGCGAAUGAGACACCCUGCAAUUGACCGUGGCAUUUCUGGGCUUCAUUAUGGCAGGAGGCAACACACCAUCAUGUGCAAAGCAACCUUCCCUGUGAUGUGAUCAGAUCUAUACUAGUGUGUGAAAGGCAUCUGGCCUUUCAAUCUCUUUUGCUUGAUUUGUUUAAUCAGUAUGCAUUGAAAGGAGUUUGUGGCAGGGCAGAGGUUGGGGAUCAAUUUCACUAAAGUCUCUUAAUAUUAAGCAACACUUUUCUGAUGCAGAUUAAAUAGGAUUUCUUUUAAAUUAAGGUUUAACCAUGUCCUUUUAGUAAAUUUUUAUUCAUUUUAUCUUUUUUCACUCUGUCAUACAUUUUUAUUUUAUUUGAUUUCUUUCUCCUUCAUUUGUAAGGAUGUGAGUAACAAAACUGGAAUACUCGAGUAUGGAAGGAAUUGCUACCACUAAAUGAGUAGUAAUUUUCUUCUGCAGAAAAUGGAGUUCAUUCUUUUUUUUUUUUUUUGGUCCUUAACACUUGCUGUGGUCUUGUUUUUCCCCCCCCCCAUUAAACCAGUCUUUAAUGAAAAGUAUAUAUUUGUAUCUUAGGCUUUUUUAAAGUGAUAAAAUUUGAUGGCUUUUGUCAGGUUGUGUGUUAUUAAUUUUAACAUCAGAAAUUUUAAAACUUAAAGCAGCUUGGGGCAUAGUUUGCAUAUCACACCUACAUGAGGGUUGGUGAUUUAAUUUUUUAAUAUUUUGUUCAUUCAGUUUUUCUGCCCUUGAAUUGAUAAAGUUCCUUUGGCAGCCCAGCACACUUUGCUACUCACUUUUUCACAGAGUGUAAUUUGGCAUAUCAGACUUGUAUUUGUUAAUUUUUUUAAAGUUUAGUGCCCUCCUACCUCAUCAAUCAACUUGAAAUUAAAUUUAAAAAAAAGCUCCUAUGGUAAUUGACAUUUUGGAAGUCUUCACCUUGUCUGGCUUUUAUCUUCCCUUCCAUUUCCAUUGCUGUUAAAUCUAUCUUGCAUUUCCUUAGGAAAAUACAGGUGGAUUUUUUUUUAAACAAUUGUUUAUUAAAAUUUGGCACCAAGCUGCUUUAUCAAAGAGAACAAUAAAGGCAUUGUUAGGUAAAUCUAGAUCUUGUUCAGUACAACACAUAAAAAGUGCAACAGACAUUUUUUAUUGGAGGGGGGUUUACAUAGUUUAGUAGAGAGACCAAUGGAAAUAAAGAAGUUUAUAUUUUGAGACUUGAAAUGCAGGAAAAUAGCUGUGUUUUGUGCAAUAAAUUUAUAAAUGAUGAUAUCUUUCAGAGAUAGAAGAUAUUUGUAUAACAUACACCAGAUGCAGCGAUUAAAAAAUCCUACUCUAGUGUCAAAAUAGUGGUAGAAAUUUUGAUAAGCUUUGUUACCAGUGAUACCAUCAGCACAGAAGAUGUCAACUUAUCCCACCUAACUCAAAAGGCUGCGUUCAUCAUUUCAUAGUGCUGUCCAGCACAUUGUGGUAGUUAUAAUAAAAACAUUUUGCCAGUUUAUUUUAAUCUGUAUAUUGAGAUUACAAAACGUGAAGAUGCAUUCAGUAACUUUUUAACCAGCUUUUGCACCAAAGAUUGAUUUAGUUCAAUAAAUCUAUACAAUAAAAAGAAAUUUAUUUAAAUUAAAAAUUCUUAUUUGACUCAUUCAUUAUCAUUAUCGUAUGCAUCUUAGGUUUUACUGUGUACUCAUUGAACUUUUAAAAAUAAAGUGAGCAUAAAGCAUGAAGGUGACAUAGGGCUGAUGAAUGAGUGUGCUUUUUUUUUUUUCUUUCACACACACACAAAAGUAUUAAAAUACUAACUUUUUGUAUGUUGACUUACAUUAAGACAAGUUCUUGUGCAGGCAGGUAGGAAAAACAGAUGUCUCAAAAAGAACUUGCAUAAAUGCCUUUAAAAUCUUUUUUUUUUUUUGUUUGUUUGUUAGAAAAGUGGUCUACAACAGCUCCCAACAGCGCCUCUGCCAACUUAACAAAGAAGUUAUUAAUAAUUUUUUGUACCCCCUCCCCCACCUAAACCAGAACUGUGACGCUGUACAGAACUGUGCUUUGGUAAAAAACCCAAGGCUACAGUGUGAUACACUUCCUUCCCAAGAGACAUUGCAUGGUUGGAAAUAGGGAGUUAGUCACAGACUGGACGAGGUUGAUGCUGGGGAAACAUAGAAGUGAUCCGCUGAUUGUACAGGUGUGCAAGUGUGUGUGGUAAACUGAAAUUUAUUGGGCAGUCCUUCUUGGGCUGGUGUGUACAGAUACCUGUGUGCUUUGUUUAAGGCCAGAAAAUAAAAACAAUGCCGCAUUUUGCCCCAUGAGUCAGGGGGCUUAAACCCACUUCAAAGACAGUGGCUGUUUUUCUUUCUUUCUUUUUUCCGAUUACAUUUGGACAGACCUGUGUAUGUGUGCAUUCGCAAGCUGGUGCCGCUGGUGAAACUAGCGAGUCUCUUGCCUCGUGAGUACUCUCUCUAUUCCGUGCCUGAUCUAUGGUGGUGUGUCCUGAAUGACAACAGACUUUUCAAGUUUGAAGGAUGAAAUGCCCUGGUAGCAUGCAAUCAUAUCACCCAGGAUCCACAGAACCUAUGCUCCAGUAUGGAUUGGAGCAAAUGCUGCAGGAGACAAUGCUAAGAAACUGCUAUGCUGGGUGCCAAAGCAGCCUUGAGAGUUAAACAAAAAAAAAUUGUGAUGGGAUGCUUUUAAGGGAGCGAAGAAGUAGAGGGAAAGAGAAAGGGUUGUUUCCAUCAAUUUUUUUUCAUGUUUAUUUAUUAAUUUUUUUUUUUAUGACAAGAAAUGUGUGUGGCAUAUCCUGGUACUGAUCUUUGGGACUUGACACUUUUGUGACAUGGCUCUCACAGGUGGAGUGCUUCCUGUGGAAGAAAUAGGGAUUUAAGAAUAGUGGCAGCAGCAGCAGGAGGAGUGUCAAUAGAUGUGAGAUGGAGGAUUGUGUUUUGUUUCUUGAAAAAAAACUUUGAUGGGAGUGGGGCAAAGGUGUGUGUGUGUGAAAGGAGUGGUGUAACAAGCAUGCAUGGGUCAGAGAAGUUUGGAGGGGGGAAAGAAAAAGGACAGAUGUCUAGGGAGGGUCAGCAUCCGCAGCUUGAUUGGUCAAUACUAAACAAGCUAAAGAAAUACCUUGGGAACAGGCCUUGAAGAUGAUACAAGCUGGACUGGUUUUUUUUUUUUACACUUAAACGUAGCAUUUGCCCAUUGCCAAACAGUUUAUGUGUGUAGACAGUUGCAGAAGGAGAGAGAAAUUUUAGAUGGACGUUCAUUGCUCUGUGUGUAAGUGAAUGUGUGUGAGAGAGGUGGGGGCAGGUGCGUGUGCAAGGCAUCUGUACAUAGCUCAUGCUGCCGCUGAGUCUGUGAUCAGAGGGGUGGGGGAGAUGGCCAUCUACUUGUGGGCCACCCUCACCUCCUGUGUUGGAAACUUAACAGUGUGCUGACCUGUGUGCCUGACUGCACCUAUGUAGGUAUAUGUGUGUGAUGUGUGUUCACAAGCAGUUGCAUCUGCAUGCUCAUGCAGGCCAGGGUGAAUGUUAAAUCAGCAGUGUUCUUUUCCUCUCUUCGAAUGAUUUUUUUUUAAAAUAUAUAUAUAAUUGGGGGUGAGUUUCUUUCUAUCUGAACAGUGAUGGAAAAUCUGUAUUUGUCUUUAAUAAUAACUAGUAAAAAUAGUAAAGUAUGUGGGGUGGCAUAGACUUUAAUAAGUGUAUUGAUAUAGUGGAUAAAUGUUAAAGUGGGUUUGAAAGAGAGAAAGUUAUCGGCAUUGCUUAUGAAAGAGUGAAUACCUUUCCCAGCAGAGUAUUUAAAAAUGACCAUUGGACUAUGACAAGCCUAUCCACUUGCUUUGGCUUUUGCCAGUGACCGGAAAUUAUGUUUACUGAUACAUUUGCCUUUUAUCAGGAAUAGUUCAGCCUGACCUAGCACAGCCAGUGUGUCUGACCUGGGAGGAAUACUUACAAAUCUUGUAUUUUGUGCUUUGAAAAAACAGUCAACUGGUUAAUUAUUAAACACUGAAAAUAACUUGGCUCCUGUACAUGGCACUAGCAAAUUCUAAAUGUUUUGGAGGCCUGUGCCUUAUUUUAAGUGUGGGAUCACGCUAAAUUUGUAUCCUGCCUCAAAAUGGUAAGAUAUAUCUUAAGACUGUAUGUGUCUGUUCUUUAUGUAGUCCACCAGUGCAGAGGAGCUUCUUGUAAUAUAAGCAGCUUUGAAUAUAAAUUAAAAAAAAAAUUUUCUUCAGUUUUGUUAGUAAGUGAAUGCCCAGAGCAUUUUUCAAAGUUAAAAUGAUAGUAAAUCACUUAGUAACCUCUGAAUCACCUGUCUUAUAAGGGGAACACAUUCACAAAGUUAAGCAAAAUCAGAAAUGACUGCUUUAGAGAAGGCCUGGUGAAUUUACAAUGAAAGAGUGUAUUUGCAUGUGCCAUUGUGAGGCCAUGUUUUUGAACGCAUAGUAUAUGUGUAUGUCACUGUAUGUUUGAAGUGUGUGAUACAAGGGUUUGAACCAGUAAAUGAAUAGUGUACUGUUCCAUGAAUAUUAUGAUGAUGAUGAUGAUGAUGAUGAUGAUGAUGAUAAUGAUGCCCAAGACGUGUGUAUAGUCAUCCAGGAUACAUAUGUUUUAUCAUCUUAUUUAUUACAGACUUGUACUUGGAGUGCCAGUCAAAGUGGUUUGCAACUGCCUUUUGUUGAACUCAUAUUCUUAGCUAAGUGAAAAAUCUGAGUUUUUGUAUGUUUGGUUUUUCAUGUUGUUGCCAUAUUCCUUCUGAAUUAUAACAAGCUAACCCUCAGGUUGUAAUGUAGCAGGAAGUAUUCAAAAGAACUGUUUAGGUCAAAGACGAAUUAUAUGAGCAAAACUGGCAUGACCAUUUUCCUUUAACUAAACAAGACUGCAAAACUGAGAUUACCUUUGUAAGCACAUUUCAGUUUCAGCCAGCACAUUAGGCUGCCAGAUUCCAUAUAGAGGCGUGAAAACAUGCAGCCCAGCAGCCCUAUCCAUAACACCCUCUCCUCUUCCACCAUCUUUCGUCAAAUCAGUUGAGAAUUUAGAUCACAUGCCCAAAAAAAAUCCCCAUGCCAUGUUGAAUUACUAAUUCACAGUUCAUGUGAGGUUGUCUAGGGGGGUAAGUUGUGUGAAGAAUGUGAAAAAAAAUAGUAUUCUGAAGCAUGAGAAAUAGCUUAAAUAACUGAAGAGCCUAUAGAAAAAGAGGUGGAGGGGGGGGGUAAAUUUGGUGAAUUGUGUCCACACUUGACACAGUUUUAGUACAUGAGUUUAUUUUACAAUUUGUGUGUGUUUAUGGGUGUGUAUGCAUGCACAUGUGUGUAUGUAUACAUACAAGUUGCUGUUUUCUCAGGAGUAGGCUCUUCUCACAGUGGUUUAUUCUUAGAUACUUUGUAAUUGCGCAAGAACAUGGCCAGACAAUUAGAGGGUGUCCUUCAUAAAAAUGUACAUGCAUUUCAAACAUGAAUAUUUGCUAGUAAAUGUAUAACAGAUUGAGUUCUGUGGUGGAUAUAGCGUAUCAAAAGAAAUUGCUAUGUUGACCCAUUAGUACUGCUAGUAUAGGAGAGCAGAAGCAUUGCAUCCAUAAAGAAAGUUGCAACAAUGCAGCAGCUCCUUCAGAAAACCACAAAAAAUUGCUUUUACUUAUCCCUAACAGUUUGCCCCCACAAAUGCGAACAUCAUAGCAGUAACUCAACUGCAUUGAAACAUUUAUGCUGAAUGAGUAACUGCCUCAUUGCUGAAUGUUAAUUAUGGAUUUGCAUUUAUGUGGUCAUGCAUAUACAUUUUGUUGAGACACCCUAUAGUUGGCUUGUUUAAAAUUGCAGUGUAGAAGAAAAACAGAAAAUAGGCAAACAAAGGCCAAGGAUAUUUAAGCUCAGCUUGAAAUAGAUCUAGUACUGAAAAUUUGUGUCCAUUUGCUCACCCUCCUCUCACUCUGCGUUUUCUCAUACUCCCUUCUUUUAUUCUCCAUGAUUUUAAAAUACCAGUCGUGAACUCUCAAACAUAUUCAGUCUAAAAAGUUUUUUGCUAAAAAAUGUUUUGGUAGCAAUCACAAGUAAACAAUAGUCAUGUUUAAAGUGUUUAUUUUCAUCCUGAUUCUAGCACACCCUGCAGAGAGAACUAAAUGUUUCUGUUUUAGGCUGCCUUCAGAUUUUUGAAAAAGAAAACCAUGAAAUAGUUUGUCAUGUAGCUUUACAAUCUGCCUAGAGAAAUUUAAGAAAUUUUACUAAUAUACAGAUGUAACAAAUAUGUCAGCUUUACUUUGAAAAGUACACUUGCAAAGUUGCCUUUUUUAAAGUUACAAUGCGGGGUUUUUAUUCUGCUGCCUGAUGAAGGCACUAGUUACGGCUCACUCAAGCAUGAGAAACGACGCAUUUUAUGGAGUCUCUCAGCAUGCCUGUCAUCUCUUUUCAUUUUAAUUUUCUCUUUUCCUUGUUGGUUUGCCUGAUGAUGAUAAGACAUGACCUUACAGGAUUCACACAUGACUGAACAAUACAACUUAAACAUUUGUGAUUUUGUAAUUUCAGGUGAUUCCUCCCCCUUCCCCCCACUUCUUUUACCAACUUUCUCUGUUUCUUGUACUUUUUGAUUUAAUUUUGCUUGUACACACGAUUCUUGCUGCAUCUUUUUUUUUAAAAAUAAAUAUCCAUGAUGAUGACAAAUGUCACUGGCAAAUGUAUAUAUUGUUCAGCCCACUCACCACCAUCACAUUUUGUUUGCUGAUUGGCCAGCAGAAUUGGGGCACAUUCAAGGGUGGGCAGGAGGGCAAGGGAAUCGGAUGUUAAUACUGUAGCACCUCCUCACUCCCAUUAAAAGCAAUUCCGUGCUUGUAAAUAAUAAUAA